AUGUUACUAAAAAUAACCUUGACACUUGCAAUUGCACUGGCAGAGUGCCAGGAGGGAUCUUUCCUCUAUAUGGGCAAGUGCCACAGGAGAGAGCCCGGAGCAGGGAUGCAGGCCCCAGACCCCGUCCUGUGCCCGGAAGCUGUCAGCGGACCAGGCAACUGCAAGCCCGGAAAGUGCUUUGGAAUCGGAGGUGAGGAGCUAAGCUACUGCUCGCAGUGCGCAGAUGCUACCGAGGUCCCCCUCAAUGGGGCCUGUGAUAACUCUGAAGAAACCCAAGCAUGCACCCAGAUGUCCGACGGGGUGUGCACACAGUGCGCCAAGAAGACCUUCAUGUACAAGGGAGGGUGCUACUCCACGAUCGGCGUCCCCGGCGUCAAGAUGUGCAAGGAGGCGACAGACGGGGUGUGCACCAGCCCGGCCCCCGGAUACUUCGUGCUCCCAGCAGACGACCGAGACGCCUCCCACCAGUCCGUCGUCUCGUGCGGCGACGGCGAGGGGGCACCGGGCAGAACCAAGCUCUACAAGGGCGUGAAAGGCUGUGCCGAGUGCACGCUAAGCGUCCCUGCCACGACUGCGACCUGCAAUAGGUGCACGACAAAGAACCUUAGUCCGCUGAAGGACGCGUGCUUAACAGACUGCCCUGCCGGGAUGUAUGCCAACAACAAGGUGUGCACCCCCUGCCACGAGUCGUGCGCAAGCUGUAGCACUAACGCAGAAGCGUCGUGCACGGCCUGCUAUCCGGGGUCUGUGCUGAGUCGGUCGUCUGGUGGCACAGGAGCGUGCAUGAAAGAGUGCACGGGAAAGUACGCAGAGAACUGCGAGGCUGGCCAGUGCACGGCCGUCGUUGGGGGCUCCAAGUACUGCAGCAGGUGCAAGGCUGGAUACGUUCCAGUGGACGGCGUCUGUGUGUCGAUAACGACAAGGGCGCCGACUGGAUGCACGCCGAGUGAUAACAAUGAUGGAACAUGCAAAGCGUGUACAACCACAUACUUCCUGCAAUCUGGCGGAUGCUACAGCGCCGGAGCCUUUCCGGGUAAUACUCUCUGCUCUAGUGCUGCCAAUGGAAAGUGCCAGACAUGUGCCAACGGGCAAGCAGCAGAUACCACUUCGGGUUCCUGCCCGGCGUGUCCGGAUGGGUGCUCAAAGUGCACGGAAAGUGCUUCUCCACAGCAGUGUUCGGAGUGCCUCCCCGGAUACUACAAGUCCGGAAGUAGCUGCGUGAAGUGUGAUGCUAGUGACAACGGAAUAGUUGGUGUGCCUAAUUGCAUAAGCUGCGCCCCGCCAGCUGGUGGUAGUGGCUCUGUUACUUGCUAUGUCAAAACAGAUGGCACUAGUGGUGGUGAUAACAACACCGGCGGAAGCACCAACAGGGGCGGCCUCUCCACUGGCGCCAUCGCGGGGAUCUCCAUCGCUGUCGUCGUCGUCGUGGGGGGCCUCGUGGGCUUCCUCUGCUGGUGGUUCGUGUGUAGAGGGAAGGCGUGA